AUGACGACGGCUACACCUUUGUCUCUGCCGUUCAUUUUGGAUCAGAAGGAUCACACGACCUCGUCACAUUCGUAUCGCAGGCGAUGGAAACCGGACCGACCCAACUAUCGAACGCUUCUCUCUGCACAACAUGCCGAGGGCUCGUCAGGCUCAGCAGCAUCACGAGCGGCCACAACAGCCAAGAUCUCGAACGUCCAAGCUGAUCCUGACCAGCUCGAAGCAGAUUUACAAGAAUGGGGUCUGCCUUCAACCUCCUCGGGCUCGCGGCUAGCUCCGCCCACUUCUGCGAUCUCGUGGGAUGAGAACUCCGCAAAAGCUAGCUGCUCAUACUUGCAGAACAGACGCUCCACAGACCUGAGUCCUGCAACUGCAACAUCAUUGGAUCAAUGGGACCCCUCGAUCUCGUUCGCCCCGUACUCGUCCAGCGGCUUGGCCCCCAUCCCACUCUCAGGCUCCAGCAGUGAGCCUUUGCGAUAUGAUCCAAGCCUCGGUCGAGUCCUCGCAGUGGGCCGAGAUGACGGCACGGUGACCAUCUACCGCGCGUACGGUCGUGUUGAGGACUACGACUCACUAUCCAGCAAAGACCCGCAGACAGCGGAGGCUGACGAUGCGCUGCCAGCCUCUGCCUCUGCUUCCGCCAGCAUGUCCCGCAGCGCCAGCCAAUCUGCAUCUGUGCGAUCUUCGGCGAUCGCGAGCCCUACUCGCUUACGGAGCCCGGAAGCCGCGACGCCUUCCAUCAGGCUGUCGUCAUCAGCUGCAUCUCAUGCCACAACCGCCUCCGGCCGCGAGCCCAGCCCGCUCUUGGCCGCCUUUUCGCCUAUCGAUCGCUCUUCUGCUGCACGCUCCACCAUCUCGACCGCUUCAGCGCACUCGGCUGUCGCCGCCAAUGUGCAGCUCGAUGACGGCUUGCCAGCCAACAGUCUUCAGUCCAUGGUCAACGCGACCGGUCACACUGCAGGCCGCAAGUUUGGAGACGAGGCGGAAAACCGUCUGGAGCAGCAGAUGGCGGCAGCGGAGCGCAAUGACCACCAGCAUGGCGUUGUCGGUGGUGUGAUAGAGCGACUUGGAUUCUCUUCACAUCCCCACGCACACUCGCAUUCGCCUUCAUCGCAUCAUCAGUCCUCAAGAGAGUCAUCUCGUCAUCACGGCUCUCGACCGAGCGGGUCUCGCCAUUCGCCAAUUACUCCGCCCCGUGCUUCAACUUCGAUCGAGACGCUAGCUGCAAUCGCCAGUCAGUCACAAGCACAAGAAAAGACUCUCGGGCCCGCGACACCUGACCGCGGUGACGCCUCUCUGCAAACGUCGGCGUCGGACGCUUGGCUCCACGAGCCGAGUCGUGGCAGCUUCAGCCAGACUAUGACUCUCUACACUCGGGACCGAUCACCUGUCGUUGCCCUUCGAUCAAUUCCAUCUAUGGCAAGGACGCAGGAGAGCAACACAGCACCUUGGGUUUCCGCAACAGCCGGACUCGAGACCGCGGCCUUGCUGAUCGUGCAAGAGGCGGGCACGAUUUCAUCAUGGUCCAUUUCGGAAGGAACGAUACACUGGCAGUCCGAUCUAGCCAGCGCUCAAGUCGUCCCGACCGGCGUGGAGUCGUCGGACGCAACAACAAAGGAGAGUUCAGCAACACUAGGCAUGAUGCACUCUCUCAGCAAGCUUCCAUCAGCCAUCGGUACGUCUCGAACACACAGUCCAGCGGGGUCCGCCAGAGCAUCCCCAAAACCGACUCUGCUAGCUGGCGACGCUAGCAUGAGACGGUCCCUGCUUCGAACAGCGCUGAGUGGCGCCGACGCCGAGACCACUUCGAGAUUACGCGAGAUCCGUGCAGUCAAGCUCUGCGAGGCGGUACAGACGCUGAAUGCCUACGGCACCUCGGUGGCUCUGGUAUGGGACUCUCACUCGUCUUCGGUGUUCUUGCUCGGCCUACUCGAUGGAACAGUCUUGCUUCGCGAGACCCUCGACGACGUUUUGCCAGCGAGUGUUCCGACGCUCUGCUUGCUUGCCGAAUCGCAGGAACGCGUGCACCUGACGUGGUUCAGCGAGAGCCAGCGCAAGCUUGAAAAGCAGCUUGUGCGCAUUCUGACUUCCGAGGCAACCAAAGCGACUCCACAAGACGACACUACGGAUCAAGGCAAGCAGCUCAAAGGCUUCGUUUUUGAUGCUAAAGCAGAAGCUCAGCCUUCGUCAGACGGGUCUUGGACUCUUUCGGACGACGCCGGACAAGCACAGAAGAUUCAUGUGCUUCAACAUCAGGUCGUGGUCCAGAGCUCGGAAUGCCUUUCCGUGCUCGACUCGGCAAGAGGUCAAGUGCGAUUCACACAGGAAGCGGGCACCGAUUCGAUCAAGCGCAUUUGUGGGUCAAGCCGGAAUUCAGAACUUCUUCUCGUCCAGUCGUCGUCGGCACUAGCGAAGCUCCACCUCAACGGGACACGAGCAGGAACCUCCGUCGUAAAGGUCCCAACCUUGACCCCCGUGGCACGUCCACCGUCGUGCCGCCUUCCUCUCGCUUGGAAUCUGCCCGGCUCAGGGAACCUGCUCGAAAAAGCAUUCCUCUUCCAACCUACCGCUACCGACGACUUGGGAACAAGCGCUGCACCGCAGGAAUCGGCAGAGGUUGUGGCAUUCGACCUCAGCACGUCACAAAUUGAGGAUCUGCUCGCUUCUCGUGGGUCAGAUCCCGACACGUCUUUGGUUGCCGAAUCAGGUAGUCGCCGGGCGGGACCCAUCACGGCCGUUCUGCCUCUCAGCCUGGAGAAGAUCGCUGUCGCAAGCGAUGGUGGCCUGCGACUCCUUUCGCUUUCAAGCAUUGCUUCUCAAACUGCCAAGUCUUCCACGAUGACGGCAACUGGCAACAAUCUAGGACCAGAUCAUGAAAUCUGCCUCCUGCGUUCAGCUGUCGCUCCUCGAUCUGGACAAAGACUGAUCGUCGGCGGGACUUUGCACGGCGAGCUUGGGUUCUGGCAAGCCAAUGCAACCGCGACGCAAGGUGAGCCCCCCUCCGAACCUCAGCUCGAAGCCACAUUGUCCGUCUCGACGACGCCAGUCGAGGCCCUUCUCGUGUUUGGCGAUGAUGACAACACGAUUCGUCUCCACGGCUGCCUGGCUUGCAUCUGUGCAGACAGCUCGGUGACGAUUGUCUUGCUCGAAGGCUUCCGACUGCAGUACACCAUCCCCGGUCGAGGCGCUCGCUUGACAUCGUUGGCCGUGCGUGCUGACGAGCUGCUUUUGACUUACGACGAUGGCAAGGCCCGCGUUUGGGAUCUGCGCACGCAGGAGCUCCGUCGCAGCAUCGCUGUCGACCAAGCACAAGCGCUGGUGGAGGAUGGCAAGGGGUGGUGGACCGUCAAGCCGAUCGAGCCGUAUAGUCCGCUGCACUCUGGUACAAGCGGUGUUCUCUCGCAGCUGGCAUCGGCGCGCGACGGUGCCGCUGCCUCGCUGCUCGUCGAUUUCCGACGUUCAAUCGAGGCUGCUGCUCGUUCUGUGCGAGGCGCUGGUCCGUCGACAGCAAAGGAAGAUGCGGCACCCCGAAUCGGGCAGCCGAACGCCACAGGACAGCAGCCGCCUGCCGCCCUCAGAUCGGAGCAGGAGCAAUACCAGACUGACAGUUCCGCCUCAGUCAGUCUUGGCUCACCAGCCGCCCGCAAAGCGGUCAACAUCAUCCGGCCUUUGCUGCCGACUGUCUUCCCAACAGGCCUUGACAGCGAUAUAGAUGCCAAACUCGCUGCACUCCUCGAUCUAGAGUCCAAUGCCGCCGGUGGACUCGGACACAGUGCGUUCACUGUUGGAGCCCUCUCUGCGUCCGAUGCUCUCAUGGUGGGCGACUCUGAUGGGAAGUUCAUCGGGGAAGCUUCAAGGGCGGACUUCGGGCGAGCGUGGAAGCUGAGCUCUCGCCUGACGACGACACGACUCAUGGUGGCAUCUGCGCUGCUGCGCGUUCUCAGCCAUGUCAGCGAGCUGAAGCGUCUGGCAGAGGAUCUACAACGUUUUGUCGAGGACGAAGCGCACUUAUCCUCGCUAGUGGGAGUCGGCUUCCGCGGCGUUCAGCUCACCGAACUGGCGCCGUAUUGGCUGGACAGCAACAUGGAACUGCAAAAUGCCAGCCGGAGCAUGUUCCAGGCUGCUGUCACUCGUCUCGGUCAGGCACAACUGGACGUGCUCUGCGAUCAGUGGCAGACGUCGCUGUCGCCUGCGAAGACGGCGCAAGAUAACGCAAAGACUCGAAUGGCCGACAUUGCGUCCGAGGACGUCGAGCUCCAGAUCCGUGCUCUGGCUCUGCUAGGUAGCAUUGCAGUGGAACGAUAUACGAGCAUGUCGCCGCGACUCCUCAAGGACAUCGCCAAAGCCAUCCACGGUUCGAUUGUCUCGGACAAGGGCAGCGAGAUGCGGAGCUCGCACGAGCUGCAGAUGCUCGCGGUCGCCAUUGAGCUGUGUCGACAGGGCUUCUCGAUGUGGCAGCACUACUUCGACGCCACUGAAGUUGUGCGAUCCUUGUUCGCGCUCAGCACGUCGACAUCGACGUCCAGCAGCACCAGUGCAGACAGCGACUUGCGCACUCUGGCACGAGCGGCGACGUUGCAGAUCGCGGCCGAGAACACGCCGCUGUUCAUGACGACGCUAUCACUGGACAUCCUGCACGCGCGUUCGGCCGCGCACUGCUCGGCAACGAUGCGCUUGGUAGCGUUCAUGGUGCGAAAGCGACCUUCCGUGUUGGUGGCCAACUUGCCUCGACUCGCAGAAGCGGUAGUCAAGUCGCUCGAUCCGACGCACACGACAAUGCGCGAAGCCGUCGUCAACGCGGCGACCGUGAUGAUCGGCGAGCUGGUGUCGACCUACCCGAGCCUGAGCUUCUUUGGCGGUGGGCAGAGGCUGGCAGUGGGCACACACGAAGGCGCGGUCAUCAUGUACGAUCUCAAGACUGCGACACGCCUCUACGUGCUGGAAGGCCACCGACGUCGAGCUGACGCGGUCAGCUUCAGCCCCGAUGGCCGCCGACUAGUGACCAUGAGCCUGGAAGAAGGCCGUGUGCUGGUGUGGAAAACGUCCUCGGGAUUCAGCACCUUCUUCUCACCAGGCCAGAUGCCACGUCAAGGCGCGACCGACGUCAAGCUCACCGAUGGAGCAUACAAGGCGUUCCUAUUCAAUGUCGGAGAACAACAUCAGAGCGCGUCCAAGGCAGGCACCACGCAAGCGGCAACUUUCGGUUGCCACCAGGGCGAAAAUCAGGAGCAGGACUUUGUCGGGUUCGACAGGAUCCGCUUCCAGUGGAACUCGGAACGCAGCGUCAAGGUUCAGAUUGGCGAAGCGCAGCUCAACAUCAGCGUUGACUAG